CAUCUUGCUAGGCAUGAAAAAAUCAAACGCAACUCUCCCUCUCUUACUCUUCCUCUGUCUCCUUUUCUUGCUUCCAUUUCAGGCCUCACCAUCACCAACCACAGAGGCACAAGCUCUUGUCAAAUGGAAGAACUCUCUCUCUCCUCCUCCACCUUCUCUGAGCUCAUGGUCACUCACCAACAUCACCCAUCUCUGCAACUGGACUGGUGUUGCCUGCAACAAUGGCGGGUCAGUCUCAGAGAUCAGCCUCUCAGGCUCAAGCCUCAGUGGCACACUCCAUGCGCUCAACUUCGCUUCUUUCCCGAACCUGACCCGCUUUGAUGUCAGCAACAACAAUCUCGAGGGCCUGAUACCGUCCUUGAUCAGCAAUCUCUCCAAGCUCAGGUUCUUGGACCUGGGUAGCAAUCUCUUCGAAGGUGGCAUACCACCUGAGAUAGGCCAAUUGGAAGAGAUUCAGUACUUGAGCCUCCUGAAUAACAUUCUCAAUGGUACUAUUCCUUACCAGAUCAGCAAUCUCGAGAAGGUGUGGCACUUGGAUCUUGGAUCAAACUACUUGGAAUCUCCUGACUGGUCGAAAUUCUCCACCAUGCCAUCGGUGACUUACCUGAGCCUCUUCUACAAUUUUCUCGAUGGCAAAUUUCCAGGCUUCGUGGCUGAUUGCCGGAACCUGACAUACCUGGACCUGUCGCAAAACAUGUUGACCGGUGAAAUCCCUGAGGCUGUGUAUGUGAACCUGGUGAACCUUGAAUACCUUAACCUCACUGCGAAUUCACUCCAGGGACCGAUCUCAAACAUAUCAAAACUUUCCCAGCUGAAGGAGAUCCGGAUUGUUAACAAUUCGUUCAGUGGUCUUAUACCUGGAGACAUAGGAUCGCUGUCUCAGCUUCAGAUGAUAGAGAUAUACAACAAUUCCUUUGAAGGGGCAAUCCCUAGGUCCAUUGGUCAAUUGAGGCAGCUUGAAAAGCUCGAUUUGCACCUAAACCUCUUGAACUCUUCGAUCCCUUCCGAGCUCGGUCUUUGUUCUAAGCUCACCUUCUUAGCCCUUGCUGAGAAUUCGAUCUCAGGGGAGCUGCCUCUCUCUCUGUCCAAUCUGGUCAGAUUGUCAGAAUUUGGAGCUUCGGAUAAUCACCUAUCUGGUGAGUUAUCGCCUUAUUUCUUCACGAAUUGGACGGAACUCAUUUCUUUGCAGCUCCAGAACAAUUCUCUUUCCGGGAAAAUUCCGCCAGAAAUUGGAAUCCUGACCAAGCUCAAUUACCUCUACUUGUACUGCAAUUCGCUCUCUGGCUCAAUCCCUACUGGGAUUGGGAGCCUCGAGAAUCUGCUUGAGUUAGACCUCUCACAGAACAAUCUCUCCGGCCAAAUCCCUUUGACAUUGGGGAACCUUAGCAACUUGCAGAUCCUCCAGCUUUUCUCCAACAACCUGAAUGGGACUAUUCCGCCGGAGGUAGGCAAUCUCACACGGUUGAUCACUCUUGACCUCAACACGAACCAGCUUUAUGGAGAGGUCCCUGAGACCAUCUCUCGCCUUGCUAACUUACAGUCUAUCUCUUUGUUCACGAACAAUUUCUCGGGAGGAAUACCACGUGAUUUCGGCAAGUACAGUCCUUCUCUGGGCUAUGUUGGCUUUUCGGACAACAGCUUCACCAGAGAACUGCCGCCAGAAUUAUGCAGCGGCUUUGCUCUUCAAUAUCUCUCGGUCAAUGGGAAUAACUUUACUGGGCCGCUGCCCAACUGCUUGAGGAAUUGUUCGGGGCUAACGAGAGUCCGUUUAGACAGCAAUCAGUUCACUGCAGAUAUCACAAGUGUGUUCGGAGUUUAUCCAAAUCUGACCUUUAUAAGCCUCAGCAACAACCGAUUUGUUGGGAAUCUCUCAGCAGAAUGGGGAAAUUGUAAAAAUCUCACGAAUUUGCAGAUAGAUGGUAACAAAAUUGCCGGCCGCAUCCCACCAGAGCUUGGGAAAUUGUCUCAGUUGCGUGUCCUGACUUUGCACAACAAUGACUUGACCGGGAAAAUUCCCACCGAGAUGGGAAAUCUGGGGGAGUUGUUGACACUGAACUUGAGCAACAACCAUUUGGCCGGAGAUAUUCCCAUCUCAUUAGGAAACUUAUUGAAGCUAAAUUAUCUUGAUUUGUCGAAGAACGCAAUGAGCGGUAGUAUACCAGACAAGCUAGCGAAUUGCAAGAAUUUACUGAGUUUGAACUUGAGCAACAACAAUCUAUUGGGUGUUAUACCGCCAGAGCUCGGGAACUUGUUCGAGCUACAGAUCCUCCUAGACUUGAGCCACAACUCACUAGCAGGAUCAAUUCCAUCCAAUUUAGCAAAGCUUAUGAAGCUGGAAAAUCUCAAUCUUUCGCAUAACAACUUAUCGGGUAUGAUCCCAGCUGCUCUCACCAGCUUGGUUAGUUUAAGCUCCAUAGACUUAUCGUACAAUGAGCUAACAGGCGUGAUUCCUAGUGGUCGUAUCUUCCAACAAGCACCAGGGAGUGCUUUUAUCGGGAAUCCGGGCUUGUGUGGAAAUGCGACAGGGUUAUCUCCUUGUGGGAUGAGCAGUAAAUUGACUGACCAUAAGGAAAAGGAUCUUAUUGGUGUGAUUGUGGGCGUCUGCUGCUUACAACUUCUGGUGACUUUAACUGCUGUGAUUCUAGCACUUCAGCGGCGAAACAAGGAACUCAAUGAAGAGACUAAUGGUCUAACGAAGUACGAGAAAUCCGAGUCGAUCAUAUGGGAAAGGGAAGGGAAGUUCACAUUCAAUGACAUCGCCAAGGCUACCGACAACUUCAGCGAAAAGUACUGCAUUGGAAAGGGCGGCUUCGGGAGUGUUUACAAGGCUGAACUAGCCAGCGGCCAAAUCAUCGCUGUCAAAAAGUUCAAAGUAUUAGAAUCCAGCGAUGUCCCCGCAGUCAACCAACAGAGUUUCAACAACGAGAUCCGCAUUUUGACCGAGGUCCGACACCGCAAUGUGAUCAAGCUCCACGGGUUCUGUUCCAAGAGGGGUUGCAUCUACUUGGUCUAUGAGUUUGUGGAGAGAGGCAGUUUGGCAAAGGUCUUGUAUGGAGGAAAAGGAGGAACUGAACUGGACUGGGGUGCAAGAGUGAAAAUUGUUCAGGGCAUGGCUCACGCGAUCGCCUAUUUGCAUCAUGAUUGCUCCCCACCUAUUGUCCAUCGGGACAUAACUCUCAACAACAUCUUGCUCGAGUCGGACUUCGAGCCUCGACUUUCGGACUUUGGGACAGCGAAACUCUUGAAUUUCAACUCGUCAAAUUGGACCACAGUAGCUGGGUCUUAUGGCUACAUGGCUCCUGAAUUAGCAGUUACGAUGCGAGUGACAGAUAAAUGCGAUGUGUAUAGCUUCGGAGUAGCUACACUAGAGAUCAUGAUGGGGAAGCAUCCAGGGGAUCUUCUCUCUUCCCUACAAAGGACACAAACAUCGAGAUCACCAGAAGACCCAAAUUUGCUACCAAGGGAUGUGCUCGACCCACGUCUUUCUCCUCCGACCGGCCAACUAGCCGACGAAGUGGUACUCAUCAUCACAAUGGCGCUAGCGUGCACGAGGACGAGUCCCAAUUCACGACCCACCAUGCGUUUCGUGGCACAAGAAUUAUCCGCAUGCACUCAAGCUUGCUUGUCUAGGCCCGUGGGCUCCGUAACUAUCAGCAAGCUAUCGAGUCCUCAAAAAUAUAUUUUUAAGUGA